AAGGCACAUAUUGCUGUGCCAGGUCAGGAGCAUCCUGAAGCUUGGGGAUAUAAUAUCUGCCAUUAAGCCUUUGAAGUUCAACAGAUAAGCGUUUUACAUGGCAGACUCUACGUUUCAAGGUGUGUUUCAGAUGCUCAGCCUGGCAGGAGGGAAUGGCCAGUUCCAGUAGGUGCCAAUGCUUCCUGUGGAAUUGUUCAGCAGUGUCUCAGGGUUGUUGUGUGCGCGGCAGAAGGGGGCCGGUCUCUGACAGAGAGGCAAAGCCCAGCAGCCCUCGGAAAUCGUCGCGGCAGCCGGGCGGCCUUCUCUGGAGGGGUCACGGUGUCAUAGGCACGCCUUUGACCAUCUUUUCAAACCACCGUCAGGGGGGCAGAGUGCGUUCCCCCCACCCCGAGUUGCUCCGGCGGGGCAGGCCGGGCCGCGGCAGGCUUCGAAAGGUAUGCCGGCGGGCGGGUGUCGCGGCGGCAGAGGGUGCCGGACCGAGGGGUUCCGGCAAGCAGGCACUAGGUAGCAAAAUGAGCUUGGUGUCAGCUGGGGCAUCUCUUCCUCCGCCCUCCCUCCUCCUCCUCAUUUACUUAUUUAUUUUAUUUUAUGGCAUUUAUUUAUUUAUAUUCACCGGAAUAAGAAAAAAUGAGAAAAUCCGAGCGCUGCUUUUGGCUGCUCUCCACCAACCUGUCAGUGACGCAAGCGGAGACUACUUAAAGGCAGAUUAGAGGCAGCAAGACAUUAAAAGCCAACCCUCCUCCCGCCGCGCCACGAGCCGCGCGGCCCGGGCCGCUGGCCACCGCCGCGGAGCCCCGAGCCCAGCCGAGUCGAGCCUAGCCCAGCCCACCCGAGCCGAGCUGAGCCGAGCAGAGCCGAGCCGAAAGUCGUCUGCAGUGCUGCCGCCUCCAGCCGCCCUCCCGCCACCGGACUGCGGGAGGUGGAGAGGGAUCGUUCUCUUGUUUGUUUUUCCUCCCGCUGAGAGAGAAAAAAAAGAAAAAAGAAAAGAGGAGGAGGGCAAAAGGGAAGGAAGAAGCGAAGAGAGCCUCUCCGCUUGCCAAAGUCUUUGUCUCCGGAUGAACAGCGAUGGGGGAAUGGACUAUUCUAGAGAGGCUACUGGAAGCUGCCGUGCAGCAGCAUUCUACUAUGAUAGGGAGGAUCCUGCUGACCGUGGUGGUGAUCUUCAGGAUACUCAUUGUGGCCAUUGUAGGGGAGACGGUGUACGAUGACGAGCAAACUAUGUUUGUCUGUAACACGCUGCAGCCAGGCUGCAACCAGGCUUGUUACGACCAGGCUUUCCCUAUUUCUCAUAUAAGGUACUGGGUGUUCCAGAUCAUCAUGGUGUGCACUCCCAGCCUUUGCUUCAUAACGUACUCUGUUCACCAGUCUGCUAAGCAGAGGGAACGGAGGUACUCCACUGUCUUCCUCACCUUGGAGAGGGACCAGGAUUCAAUGAAGCGUGAGGAGAGUAAGAAAAUCAAGAACACAAUUGUCAAUGGGGUGCUGCAGAACACUGAGAACUCCACCAAAGAGGCAGAACCAGACUGCUUAGAAGUGAAGGAAAUCCCCAAUCCUGCUAUCAGAACUACAAAGUCAAAGAUGAGGAGGCAAGAAGGCAUUUCUCGAUUUUAUAUCAUCCAAGUGGUCUUUCGAAAUGCCCUAGAGAUCGGAUUCUUAGUGGGACAGUAUUUUCUGUAUGGAUUCAAUGUCCCUUCCAUGUAUGAAUGUGACAGAUACCCUUGCAUUAAAGAAGUAGAGUGCUAUGUCUCUAGACCCACUGAGAAGACUGUGUUCUUGGUGUUCAUGUUUGCUGUCAGUGGGAUUUGUGUGGUGCUAAAUUUGGCAGAACUGAACCACUUGGGCUGGAGAAAGAUCAAAAUGGCAGUGAGAGGAGUACAGGCAAAAAGGAAAUCCAUAUACGAAAUCAGAAAUAAGGACCUGCCAAGAAUGAGCAUGCCUAACUUUGGCAGGACUCAGUCAAGUGACUCAGCUUAUGUGUGAGGCUGUGACAGAACUGAAACACUGUGCCAGGUGGAACAGACCCAGAUACCAUUAGAGAAAGGUACAUUGCUUAGGCAAGCAUUUUAUCAAACCACCAAGAAAGCCAUUAAGGUAUUGGAUCUGCACUUACUGAACUAGCUGCAAAACGCAGUGCUAUGUAAAAGACUGAAAAACCAGCUCUAAAAACCAUGCUUGAUCUAGCCUUACAGCACAGCUACUAUUAUUCCUACUUUUCCUUCAAAUGAUUGGGUGUUAUCUGUCGGUGGAGCGGCUUUUCGGUCGUCGUUAGGAUGGGUUUGCAGUCUGGACUGUCUGACUAAUCGUUGUAAACGUCUAGAAUGUUGAUAUUAAAAACUUGAGAGGAUGCUCUCUGUGGGGUGGGGUAGGGAAAACUGUUGUAGCCUGCAGUUGUCAGCAUGUUUUCAAAGGAGGUUACGUGCACCAUAAGGAACCUGACCACAGCUCAAUCAGGAUAUCUGAGUUCACCUAUCUCACAGAUGUCUUAUCUUAUUUUGCUUGUCUGAAUCACAGAGUUUAUUCCUGGUGUGUAUUAAUAGCUAUUUUCUAUCAGAGUUUGUGCACCAAUUAGUUAUGCUAAACAAUAAAUGCUGAAUAUAAUUUUGCCAUUUUUUUGGUUUGCCUGUCCACACACACACAGACACACAGACACCCACACACCAGAGACCUUAAUUAUCUUCAUUAGUUGUGAUCUACAAAAUAUAUCAGGAUGUUUCUGUUCUUUCUCUAAUAAGUACAUGAAUAAGAUGGAGUUGGCUCAUACCAACCUAGUUAAGUAUCUAGCUACAAUCACCUAUGAUGACACACAUACCAAAGGAACAGAGUUCAUUGCUUUUAACUGUGAAUAUAUCACCUUUCCUCUGCUCUUAUUUAUAUAAGUGCCAUACUUGAAACAUCUAACUCUGUACUUAGUUGAAAGGUUGUCUUGGGAUACCAGCUGGAAUAAAGCAAUUUUAUACUCUCCUUUGUUUAUUUUAUGCUAUUUGUUUAGUCAUUGCAAUGGUAUAUAUAUAUAGAGAUAUAUAUAAGCAGCUCAAAUCUCUGUUGGUAAAUAAAGUACUUGCCUUUUUUUUCUCCUUCUACCUUUAUUUUAUUUAUUUUAAGCCAGAGAGGUUUAUUCUUUAUUAUUGUAUACAAUGUAGAAGUGUACAGGGUCAAAAUAAUUGACUUACAAUUGCUCUUCAGGGUUUAAAGUGUCUUGUUGAUAUUCUAAACUCUUAAGUGACAAAACCUGUGAAAUCAAGACUAUUUGUUAUGUCUGUUUUCCUCCUUAAGCAAGCUUCUUCUGUCUUUAAAGCCUGAUCCAAAGCCCACUGACACCAACAGCCUUCUUUCUGCUGACACUAAGGGCAGCACAGUUGGCUGCCAAGGUCACUCUGGGAAUAGCCAGAAUACAUUUACCUAUAAAUGAAACAAUUGUAGCUUUUUGACAAGGAAUCCAUAGAGUAACUUCCUCUUUCCUGCCUACAGCUGCUUGAAGAAAUAAACUGAUCAUGUCCCGUCAAUUUACUGAUAAGCCACUGGGGCAGUCAUAAAUAAAUCUCUGCUAACAGCAAACAUUUUAGUACAGGAUACUAAGUUAUAUAUAAGGCGCUUUUAAAAAUUAUUAUUAUUAUUAUCCCCACUGAAUUAAACAGAAAAUAUCCCACUGGCAACAGUGGGAGUUGGAUCAGGACUAAAAGAAACCAAAAACCAUACAAGUGCAUUCCUAACUAAAUAGUAUCUGCCCUUUAAAUGAAAGGGCCAAAAUGGUGCUGAAAAAUUUAGAGGUACUUUAUAACACAAGGAGGAGAUGGGCUCAGAGUCACAAAUGGCCUUUGAUUGUAUUUUAUUUCAGUCUUGAACAUGGCUUUUAUUGUCUUUUGGCUUGGAGAUAAUGCAUAUAAGUCUUUUCCUCUUGGCUUACAGUAAAUACCUUAAAGUUCCAUUCCUGUGGUUUGCCAGCAUUGGCACUUUAAAGAAAAUGUUGAUUAAUUCUUAGAUGGUCUCUUCGUUAUCAGUUUCAUCUGUGGUUCUUUUGUUGUUGCUGUUGUUGUUAUUUUGUUUCCCAUCCGCUGCGAAACACAAAAGGACUUUGAGAUUGUGUCGUGUUUUUAAAGAUUUUAAACAGUACUUUUUUUCUCUUACGUGUGUAAAAUGAUCAGGUUUUCCAAUUUCAUUAUGCAGACCUCUACAGACGGGUUUCUCAAACGGUUCUUUGUGAUAUAAAUGCACACUGAUAUUGCUAGUUGACUGCAUGCUCACUGGAAAACUGCAUGUUAUUUUUAGAAGGACAACAUGGCAGCUAAAAAUCUCCAUCUGCAAUAUAACAAGCUUCUGAAAAUUGUUAUUUCACACACACACACACACAAAAUCCAAUUCUGAUUUUAAUGUUGCAGAAUCCUGGGAUGGUUAAAAAAUAAAUCUCCUUUUGAGUAGGUAUGGAAAGAAAAAAUGUUGUUUGACAGUCAUAAGCCUUGCUUUGAUGCUGAAGAAAUGAGAGAUUGUUUGCAAAGGGCUUGAUCUGGUGCCAAUUAAAGUUGAAGGAAAAACCUCACACUGAAUUCACUGGGCUUUGGUUCAGGUUCAGCAUAAUUUCCUGCUAGGCAGAAGCCCUAAUGCAUGUUAUUUCCAGUGGCUGCAUAGUAGUGUUCUGUCAAACUCUAGUGUAUGUGCAUGUUUUGAAAGCUGUAAGGUUUUAAUACCUUAAAAAUUCUUUAGGUAAGCCCAAGAAAGUAUCUGUUUAUAAUAGUCGAUGUCAGUUCACGCAUUUAUUUUUACACAGUUGCACAGUUCGUUACUCCAGUAGGAUGGGAUUCUUCAACAUUCCCCUCAGAGAAAUACAGCAGGAAACUCAAAUGUUAAUUUAUGCAACAGGGUCAGUGAUAAAGUAGGCAAAGACUCCUACUCUGAUCAACAAAACUCCCAGUCUCCACAUCUACACUAAAUAGAAUAUGGCUUUUCACAUUUCAGAAGAGAAAUGAAUUGGUGUCAAGAAAUCAGUUGGUUUUAAUCUUCCUUUUACAACUGCUGUUUUAAAUUUCUUACCACUUGCUCCUUUGUAACGGACAAGAGAAGCAUUGCUGACACUUCUUUUGCCAAUGUGUAACCUGAGAGUCAAAUGACUGAUGCUAAUGGACUGUUUGCAUGGAAGCUGACUGUUCAUUUACAGAAUAAAUGCUUUAACGUGGUCACGGCGGUGGGAAAAAAAGUGUGUUAAAUGGACAGAACUGUGUGAACACAAAGCUGAAGGGCACAUUACUGGCCACUUAAGGUCUUGCUUCUGGCUCAGUGAAAUAAAUUAGUCUUGCCAUUGACAUCUGUGGAAGAACCAGAUAUUAAAUUGGAAAAUCGA